UUUAUAAUCUCUCUCCCUCUAGUUUCGUGUUUGGAGGUUGAUGGGGGUUGGUGGUACACUGGUUGGUGAUGCUCUCUCUCUCUAAGAAAUUUGUUUCAAGAGUAGUGGGUAGCUACGGACCAGCCAAACUUGCUCCUCCAUCUUCUCUUCAUAAGCCUAUUUCACUGGUCUCUUUAAGUCUUACUGCUAUUUCAACCGAGGUCCUAGGUUGUUGGCUCAUUUUGAUUGAUAGCUCAAAAAUGUCACUGGAAGUGGUAAAUCCACAUGAACAGGUUGUUCUUGGUGAAGAAAUAGAUCAUGUGCGAAUGAUCACCUUGAACCGGCCUCGUCAAUUGAAUGUCAUUUCAUCAAAAGUGGUUUCUUUACUAGCAGAAUACUUGGAAAAAUGGGAAAAGGACCAAAAUGCAGACCUGGUGCUAAUCAAGGGAGCUGGCCGUGCUUUUUCUGCUGGUGGUGAUUUGAAAAUGUUCUAUGAUGGAAGGAACUUGAAGGAUUCCUGCCUUGAGGUGGUCUAUAGAAUGUAUUGGCUUUGCUACCACAUUCAUACCUACAAGAAGACCCAUGUUGCUCUUGUUCAUGGAAUUUCCAUGGGUGGAGGUGCAUCUUUGAUGGUUCCAAUGAAGUUCUCAGUGGUCACAGAAAAGGCUGUUUUUUCUACUCCAGAAGCAAGUAUUGGGUUUCAUACUGAUUGUGGUUUCUCAUACAUGCUUUCUCAUCUUCCUGGGCAUUUGGGGGAAUUUUUUGCCUUAACAGGAGCGAGGCUGAAUGGUAAGGAAUUGGUUGCAAUUGGACUAGCAACCCAUUUUGUCCCUCUUGAGAAAUUGCCCGAGCUAGAGAAGUCUCUGGUACGCUUAAACUCUGGUGAUGAGAAUGCAGUUAAAUCUGUAAUUGAGGAAUUCUCUACAGAUGUUCAGAUUGAUGAAGAGAGUGUUUUAAACAAGCAGUCAGUAAUUGAUGAAUGUUUUUCCAAGGAUACUGUGGAGGAGAUAAUAAAAUCAUUUGAAGCUGAGGCAAGCAAAGAAGGAAAUGGUUGGAUUGGUGCUGUGCUCAAGGGCUUAAAAAGAUCAUCUCCUACAGGAUUGAAGAUAACACUAAGAUCGAUUCGUGAAGGAAGGAAACAAACGUUGUCUGAAUGCUUGAAGAAAGAAUUUAGGGUGACAAUGAACAUACUACGAACCAUGAUAUCUGGUGAUGUCUAUGAGGGCAUCAGAGCUCUUACUAUUGACAAGGACAAUGCGCCAAAGUGGGACCCUCCGACCCUUGACAAAGUAAAUGCCGAGAAAGUGAACUUGGUGUUUCAGCCAUUUAGAGAGGAUUUGGAGCUCCAGGUUCCUAAAAAGGAAGAGUGCAGGUGGGACGGAAAAUAUGAGAAUUCAGUCUAUGCAACAAUGGUGGUCGAAGAAUCGAAGUCUAUUUAACUUUUUCUGUCGAAAUUUCCAUGAUGUUUGGCUGUUAUGUGAUUGAUAUCAUGCACUUUUCUGGCUGUAUUUACAAUAGUAGGUUAAAAAACUUUAAAAGCUUUCUGUUGUGAUUGAAAGAUAAUAAAUGAAAUUAUCAAUAAAAUAAGUAAUACUGCCUUCUUUUUUUCUUCAAA